GCAGAGCUCACACACUCUCUCAACACACACACUCAACACACACACAUUCAUACAGCUGUUCGGCGCUUGAGGGAAACUCUGCUGAGCUUUUCACCGGCGAGCGAGGCUGAGAAAGAGUGAGACAUCUAUACCUGAAAAGCACAGCUGAUUGAAGAGGACGCAACCAAGACAGAGCUGAAGGACUUGGGAUAAAACAGACCAAACCUUUGCCCUGUCUCUCUGCAGACGCUCACCCCCCAAACCCUCAGAGGAUCUCCCUCUCAGACGUUAGAGGCCGUCUGGUUUUCCAGAGGGCCACCAGUGGCUGAACUACCGAUGGAAGCCCCGAACCUGGCUGAGAUGGGAGACCUGUGUUACCCGCGCUCUUGCUCUCCGGAGGGGGAGACAGUGUGUGCAGCUUUGGCCCGUUACGAGAACACCCUCCGGGAUGCCAUCAGGAAGAUCCACAUGGACGUCAGCACCUUCAAGCUGGGCAUGGAGCGCCGUCUGGAGGAGACGGCCAACCUGAGCCAGCCCCUCGGACGAGCCGUGGCUCAACUGCAGCAGGAGAACCGGCAGCUCCGGGGUCAGCUGGAGGCUCUCACCCUGCAGGUGGAGCUCCUGAGUGGGAUGGCGUGCGACCGGAGCGCCUUGCUCCUGAACAACAACAACCACAGUCAGAAUCACAAGAAUCACCUCAGUGACAUACAGGAGAACCAUCAGGAGAUAAGAGAGGUGAUAUAUGGGAAGGGUCAGGCUCACACUCAGAGCCAGGCUCUCCUCCACAUCCAGUCCUGCAGCCUGGGGGGUCAAGCCCAGACCUACGGUGGCCUCGGCGGUCAGUCCGGUCCUGCGUCCCCACCCGUCUCGUUCUCCUCCUCCCCGAGCUCCAACAGUCCUCCCCUGGGCUCCAGAGUUUCCUCCAUGGUGACGGGCCCAGUGUCAAGCAGCAGCCCCUCCACUGCUCGCUUCUCCAGCCGAGCCACAUUCGCCGUGUCCAGCAAGACUAACAGUAUUGAGCGAGAGGAGCCUAUAGAGGUGGACCCUGCCCCGACAUAUGCUGGCCUGGAGAACGGACACGCUGCUAUCACAGAACACUCGGAGUUGGUACACGGAAAGAUCUCUCCACCCAUUGACUUCCCCCACGAGCACACAGCCCCCGUCGCCAUGAGGAUGCCCCACCUCCCCAUCACCGCUACAACCAAGACGGCAGAAAUGAAGGGCCCUGACUCUCCCAGCAGCCCCGGUAGUUCUCGUUCCUCCCCGGUCUCUGAGGCCUCACCUGCCGGCCAAUCAGGUGCUAGCACCAACGAGACCCAACCAAUUGAGGAGUUUCCAAUUCAGCCAGUAUCUUCUACGUGGACUCCUACACCUAUCAGAGCCCUGGGAUCCCCCCGCCUUCAAGAGAAAGUGAACUCGGCCCCGGCUAAGUCUGUGACCUACUCGGGGCUUUUGCAGCAUGACAGAGACGUUGACGUAAGCAGCGACAGGUCCUUCGGGCAGGGAGUGGAGAGGAGGCGGGAGCUGGUGAGGUCGCAGACUCUGCCGCGCAACAUCGGCGCUCAGGCCCGCCGAUCCAUCUUCGAGAGACUGGACUCUGAAGCCAGCAACAGUCGCCCCAAACCGGUGGACUCCAAACCCACACUGAAGCGGUCUCAGAGUUUUGGGGUGUCCAGCGCCAGCAGCAUCAAACAGAUCCUUCUCGAGUGGUGCCGCUCCAAGACCAUCGGCUACCAGAACAUUGAACUCCAGAACUUCUCGUCCAGCUGGAGCGACGGGAUGGCUUUCUGCGCUCUGGUGCACUCCUUCUUCCCCACCGAGUUCGACUACAACUGUCUGUCGCCCGCCGACCGCAAACACAACUUUGAGCUGGCCUUUGGUACCGCAGAGGUGAAGGCCGGCUGCGACCGGCUGAUCGAGGUGGAGGACAUGAUGAUCAUGGGCCGUAAACCGGACCCCAUGUGCGUCUUCACCUACGUCCAGUCCCUCUACAACCACCUGCGCAAGUUUGAGUGAAGCUCAACAAGAAAGAAAAGGCGGAGCAUCUAACGUCCUGCUGCUGUUCUGCUUUUAGACUCGACAGAUUUUCAACCUCUUCCUCAUUUCUUUGAAUCAGACUUUAAAGCAGAUUGGAGCUCUAGAAGUGGCGGCUUUGUAAAAGCCUACACUGCCCCCUGGUGGUGGUGAACGUGCCUCGACAUGCUGCAGGGGAAGUGCUCACAGCUCAGUGGACAUGGACUCAAUAACACUGUUUGCUGGUGAUGUGAGCUGUAAUGAAGAUGAGUUCACACACAAACGUCACGGGUUGGUUUGUCAACACUAGUUGUUUUUCUGUGUGUAGUUGAGAUAAGAGUGCAACAGUUGCUGUGUUGUAUACAUCUUUAUUAGCACCGCACGCGUUUGAAAGUGCGUAUUAAUCUUUAAUAUUUGCACCAGAGGAGAGGAAGUGUGUUUCACAAACGUAUAACUGAACGGUUUGUGUUGAAGCAUAGCGCACGGUGAAAAUAUCGGAUUAAAUAUGUGAUGUGUGUUGCUGACUGGUAUUUACAUCCACAUAUGCUGUGAUAUUGAGACGAUGAGUUGAGAGAUAUGGAAAAUGAAAUCAAUAAAUUGUACACUUUGACA